AAUUUGUAGAGCGCGUAUGCGAAACGCGAGCGGCGUUGAAAAAAAAUACUAUUUUCGUUCGAUUACGUUAUUUACCUUCGUAAAAUACGUGUUAAUAGCAACGUUAUGAUCAAAAAUCGUUAAACUUUAGUUAGAAGUACUAAUAAACUUUGUCAAUUUCUUAUUUUGUGAGUUAAAGCUAGCGCGGUAUUUGCGGGUAAGAUCAAUCAUGGUUAUAGAAAAGUUGCAUGGUCUACAAGCUACCAGCAUCAGUUUAAAUGAUCGCUUUACAUUGCUGGCGACAACUACGCCCGUGGUUCAUGCCGCUCGUGUGCCGAGACAGCGGAGGCGGUCGACGGGGCUGUUCUCCUUUGGGCAACAUAUAAACAAUCGAAAUAUCAUCGACCAAAUUGCUCAACGAUUAGGACAGCAGUCAAAGAGGGAUGCAGUCAGACAGCGGUUGGGUAUCCCUGCCCUAAGACGGUUUGGCAGUGAGAGUAGCUUGCCAGGGCUCUGGAGGUCCAAUAGUAUCAGCAACAUGAGCAUGCGCAGUGUCCAAGCUAGGGCUCCCUGGCGACAAUCUAAUGGCAACUUGAGCAGGUCUGCAUCGUUCAGUAACCUCUCGCAGGGCAACUGGCGCGGCCGCGGGUUCAGGCGUCGCGGCGGACGAAUGGGCUUGAUGAGAGGGAGGAUGAGAUCGCGCGGUGGUAGGCAACAGAUCGUGGGCAAGAUGCGGGGGCAAUCACGCGGGCAGCGACGUACGAUGCGUGGACAGAAUGGACAAAAUGUACAAAAUGGUCGGGGUCGGGGUCGCGGGCAGAAUAAACGCGGAGCGACGCCCGGGCGAGGCCGAGGUGUGGGCAGAGGUGGCGGUAGCGGCGGCGCGUCCAACCAAAAUAAACAGACAGUUACAAAGGAAGAGCUCGAUCUCCAGCUGGACCAGUACAUGGCGAGCACGAAGACAGCUCUGGACAAAGAGCUGGAUGCCUAUAUGAAGAACGCUAUGGAGAUGGAAUAAUGGACAGUGCUGUGUUAUUAGUGUGACUAUUGCUUUCUAGUGUGCAUACAGACUUAAGUGAAGGUGAUUAUUCAAGGUUAAGGACUCGAUUAGGUUAAAAUGUUUAAAUCUGAUAUGUGCCGCUAAGAUGUGGAACACCCUCCCGGCAACUGUGUUUCCUGCCACAUAAUUUGAGUACCUUCAAGGCUAGAGUGAAUAGGCUUUUUCUAGGCAAGCGUGCUCCAACCUAGACCUCAUCAUUGCUUUCCAACGGGCAUGAUUGUCGUCAAACGCUGGCCUAUCGUUAAUUAAAAAAAAAAAAUCAUCAACCUGUUACUGGCCCACAUUAGGGCACAGGUCUGUCAGAAAGCCAAGAGCGAAGUGUGGGGACUUCACAUGUCUUUGAGAAUGUUAUGGAGAACUGUCAACUCAGAAAGAAUUGUGGCAAACCAAGAAUUGUGAAAGCAACAAUUGUGUUUGCUCACAAUUAUUUCUUUCACCGUUAAUGUUAGUGAUAUUGAAAAGCUGAAAUCGAAAACGCACAUUCAUGUAACUUGCUCUGAAAAGUUGAAGGGAUGAUUCCCUUGUCAAUUUUUUUGGAGUUAUGUGCGUUUUUAAUUACAUCUAUGUUAAUAAUGGGGCACUGGGGAAACCAUCUGUGUAUUAGCCUUAUACCAUAAAAAUUUUAACUAAAAAGGCUAUAUAUGCUUUUAUAUAACGUGUAAAUGCAAUCCGAAAUAAUGCCUCAGAGGCUUCAGAGGAACAUUAUGUACUGUCUCUGAGAAUUAUCUGUGAAACUGAAAUGCUUACAGUUUAUAGAA